AUGGUGGUAACAGAAGAAACAAGUCAUAUAUAUGACAACGGACAGAAGAGCUAUAACACAAUUUCAAAAGAUACAGAAACUGGAUCUAUAAACAAUGAUCCUGGGUGUGUGGUGGCCGGAUCUGGAACACUUGGUAUUCCAUAUGCUUUACUACAAGGCGGAUGGAUAUCUUUGAUUCUUCUAAUUCUAUCGGCACUUAUGUCUACAUAUACAAGCAUAAAAUUAAUAGAAUGCUUAGGCCAUGGUAAAGAUCGUAAAACAUCUGUAUCGGAUUUGGCAUAUGAAGCGUUUGGUAAUAUUGGAUUAUGUGUGGCUGGUUUCUUUUUUAACGUAAUAAGUUUGGGCUGUCCAAUCCUUUAUCUUGUUCUCUCCGGUGAUAAUCUACAAACAUUGUUCAGUAACCAUGGAAUCGAUUUGGGAAUGCAAACAUGGGUAUUUAUUUGUGCUAGUACUAUGUGUAUUCCAUUCGUUUUUCUUAAAACAAUGAAGGAAACUGCUUGGCUAAGCAUGAAAAAGAAAAAAGAUUGGCCUAAAGUGGUCAUGCUCGCGAAACUUACCAUUACUUCUAUGUACCUUUUAAUCGGUAUUCCUGCUUACUUAACUUAUGGCCGAUCAACAAAGUCCCCUAUAUAUCUUAGUCUCCCACCCGGUUUCAUAGUUGACAUUACCAUGAUAAUGAUUACUAUACACGUUCUUUCUGCACUUCCUGUAUAUCAAACUGCUUUCUCUUUAGAAUUAGAAGAUUAUCUUUUUGCAAACAUUUCUCGUGAAUCUAGUAAAAUCAUUUUACGUACAAUCCUUCGUUUAACCAUUGUAUUUUUCACUGUAUAUAUAGCAAUAACUGUACCAUAUUUUACCAAUAUCAUGUCAUUAUUAGGCGCAAUGGGUAAUGGUGUUUUAUUAAUGAUUUUGCCAAUGUUAGUUUGGAUAAAAUUAUUUGGUUGGAAUAAUAUCUCAAGUUUGGAAAAAGUUUGGGCUAUUUUUAUUUUAUUUUUUGCCCUUUUUGGUGCUAUUGUUGGUACUUGGGAUGCAUUAAGUGCUUUAUCGGCAGAAAUGAUUGGUGGAAAUUGA